AGUGUGUUUGCGUGUGCUUCACACGACAACUUCGUGGUACAGUGGCGAGCACCCUGGGGUUGUUGGAGGAGGGGAGGUUUAGAGCAGGAGGUGGGACAGAGUGGAAGGAACUCGACUUGAGUGACGAGUGAGGGGCGGGGCCUGCGAGAAGUGGAGGAAUUAAAUGAAAUUGGGCAGAUUUCAAACAGAUUAAGAAUUUGGGUGAAGCCUGACGGUUCGAGAUCUCGGUGGGAGUGGUCUGCUGGCGGCUUGUUGAGCGGGUUCUGAGUGGGUGUGGCCAUUAUGGGGCGGAGACUGAUAAGGAAAUAUUAGCCUGCUCAGUUUUGCUCGGUAGCAUGAGACAUCGUACACUAUACUCUGUCCCGUCCCUAUGGGCCUCCAUCCCCUGUCCACUCUCUGAGCUACGCCUGGACUUGGUUCUGGCUUCAGGACAAUCCUUCCGGUGGAGGGAGCAAAACCCUGCACACUGGAGUGGUGUGCUGGCUGACCAGGUAUGGACACUGACCCAGACUGAGGAGAAGCUCUACUGCACUGUGUACCGAGGGGAAAAAGGCCAGACUGGGAAGCCCACAGGAGAAGAGCUGAAGGCCCUACGCCAAUACCUCCAGCUGGAUGUCAGCCUGGCUCAAUUGUAUAGUCAUUGGAGUUCUGUGGAUUCCCACUUCCAAGAGGUGGCUCAGAAAUUCCAAGGUGUUCGACUCCUACAACAGGACCCCAUCGAGUGCCUUUUCUCCUUCAUCUGUUCCUCCAACAACAACAUUGCCCGCAUCACUGGCAUGGUGGAGCGGCUCUGCCAGGCCUUCGGACCUCGACUUGUCCAGCUAGAUGAUGUCACCUACCAUGGCUUCCCCAGCCUGCAGGCCCUGGCUGGGCCAGAGGUGGAGGCUCAGCUCAGGAAGCUGGGCCUUGGGUACCGUGCCCGUUUCGUGAGUGCCAGUGCCCGAGCCAUCCUUGAAGAAUACGGUGGGCUUCCCUGGCUUCAGCAGCUGCGCAGGGCCCCCUACGAAGAGGCCCACAGGGCCCUCUGCACCCUGCCUGGGGUGGGCACCAAGGUGGCCGACUGCAUCUGCUUGAUGUCCCUAAACAAGCCCCAGGCCGUGCCCGUGGAUGUCCACAUGUGGCAGAUUGCCCAACGUGACUACAGCUGGCAUCCUACCACAACCCAGGCCAAAGGUCCAAGCCCCCAGGCCAACAAGGAACUGGGAAACUUUUUCCGGAGCCUGUGGGGCCCUUAUGCUGGCUGGGCCCAAGCAGUGCUCUUCAGUGCUGACCUGCGCCAGCUCUACCAAGAGCCACCAGCAAAGCGCAGAAAGAGAUCCACAGGGCCUGAAGACUAGGUGGGAGGCACAGGACAAAGGGAUUCUCCCAGUACCUUUUCCCUCCAUUCCCCAUUAUUCUCCAUCCAGCCUCGUAUUGGGAAGAGGGCUCCAUGCAACUACCUCAGGGGGCAGGCACCCUCAAAUUGAGCAGUUUGUACAAUAGUGUGGAGUGGGGGUUGUCUGGGCAGACAAAGCUACCUAUGGUUUAAUCCUCUUCCCUUUAUUACAAGAAGGAACAAUAAAAUAGAAACAUUUGUAUGGAAAA